AUGGAAGACAUCAAUGGUGAUAACUGUACAGAAUUAAUCCCGUACACAAUUAAUCCCGUACCAGUUUAUGAGAAGGUUCUUGAGGUUGUGGUGAAACAGCAGCUGCAAAGUUAUUGUGACGUAAACAUUCAGUUAGAGAUCGGCGCCGCGUCAAGUGCCAAAAUGUACAUAAACAAUUUCUUGUGUUGCUACGACGCCGUCAAAAACGACGGAAAUAAGUGCGGUCGUAUUUUUAGACCGUGGGACAGUGCAAAAGAUAACUCCCAGGACAGUACGGUAUCCACGACGACUCAAGACGAUCACAGCAAGUGCGAAAGUCCAACGGAUUCCAAACCGAGCUUUCGACCUGUCGCCAAAUCCGAUGAAACGGACGUUUGUAAAAGAGAAAAGUCUGUACCGCCGCUACAUUACAUCUCGGACACGUACAACAGCCUCUAUCCGGAUUUAUUGCAUAGUAACCUGGCACAGUCGUUGGGUAUGCCACCUGGUGAUCCAUUACUUAUCGAAACGCUGGCUCAGGGCUACGCUCUGGAAGAAUACGCGAGAGUUUUGAACCAAGAACACCAAGCGAAAAUAUUGGCAUCCAAAAAGCAAAGACCGAAAAAGUACAAGUGUCCUCACUGUGACGUUGGAUUUUCAAACAACGGACAGCUGAAAGGACAUAUCAGGAUACAUACAGGCGAACGACCGUUUAAGUGCGACGAAAAGGAAUGCGGAAAAACCUUCACCAGAAACGAAGAACUUACGCGCCACAAGAGGAUACACUCAGGAUUGAGGCCGUUCCCUUGUCCCCACUGCGGCAAAAGAUUCGGUAGAAAAGAUCACCUCAAGAAACAUUCACGGACGCAUUUUCAACCAAAAGGGGUAUACGCCGUACCCGUCAUGCUGCCGUUCGAAACUUGGGUUUCUGGUACUGCCGCAGGAUAUCCGUUUAUACCGAUGAUGUACUAAGAUUCCGGUUCGUACAUAUUUCCUCGUCUUUCAAGUCGAUUACGCCGUGUGCGCUUUGAA